UUCUAUCAGAAUCCCUUUUCAAGACUUGCAGUAGAUACAGUACAGGAGAAAGAUGUGAAGAUGCUCAGGCAUUUACCGUCUUUCAAGAAGUACAUUGAAUUGCUUCUCCAAAAGCAUAAGCAGGGACUCUGCGAGAAGUCCGAGAUCAAGAUGUUAUUAACCGAUGACCAUUACUUGAUGAAAACAUUCAAUAAUGUCAAGGACCAGUUUGUGCUGUUCCAAUCACUGAUAGGAGCUACAAUCGAAGAAAUCCAACAUUUGAGCCCGAAUACUGAUAAGUUUGAAUUAUACAAUCUUAUUCUCCUGGACCGGUUCCAUAAUUCCAAAUUGAGCAAGGCCAAUAAAUACAAGAUCAGCAAUAAUUUUACAACCAACACUGUUUUCAACGAAGUGUUUAUCAUUUCGUUCCAUCAGUGUGGCCAGCUUCCUAAAUUGGAAGAAAACUAUGAUAACUUGGUGCUUCAGCUAUUAAGACCAAAUAUGAGGAGAAUUUUAGAACAGAACAUGACUGAUUCAGCUCCAUAUUUGGAUAAUGAGCUCACACGAUGUUCAGGAUCUGGAAAUUCGGAGCUAGUAAUGCCGAAACUUUUCAAUUUACUAGUAGAAGCUCCAUCUACCGUCAACCACUAUGAAUUCUUCAUGGCUUUCAAGCAAUCACUCAACAAAGACAAGGUGAUCAAGGAAUUGAAGGAAAGUAUCGGUAAGGAAGCUUCUUCUCGGCUCACACAAAUCCUAGAUAACUGCGCUGAGGAUGAUAAAGAGUGGGAAAAGUUGAUCUACUCUUGGUUCUUGCUGACUUGCAAUGAGCUCAUUAUGGUCGGGUUGUUCAGAGAAAAGCCCAGAGGCGACCAUUUCGAGAAGAACAUCUGGAAGGGUUUAUAACCCCAAAUACGCAUAUAGUGUGUACAUUACUUAAAUACACGUCGAAAACUUGCCCAGCAAGGUGUAGCUAGGGAAUCUGACUUUCCUAAUCCUUUUCCUUUUCACCAAUCAAAGCAUUCAUUUCUUCAUUCAACUGUUUGGCAGCACCUUCACCAUCACCAGGAUGGAGUUUCUCUUGCACUUGGUCGGGAAUUUGUGCCUCAGUUUCCAAGACAUCUUCAGGCUUGCCAACAUUGUCUUUGAUAUCACUGUAGUAGCUCUUUAACUUUUCAUUUGUUUGCUUGAAUAACUCAGUAUUCUUCAAAUGCUCGUGGGACGACACAGAUAAAAUGACUAAAAACACAAUCAAAACAGCAAGAAUGCCGGCAGUGAUGAGCUUCUGCGUCCGGAAGAGUUUCUUGCUUAUGUUUGUGGAGUUUGCAACCAUGGUUGAGAAAGGUUAAUUAGGAACGGG